GCAGAGCCUGCUCUAGCUUCAGAAUUGACUAACCCAAGAAAACCAAGAUGACAAACGAACCCAUUAAAGAGAUCCUGGGAGCGCCGAAGCACCCUGAUCCUGUGACUGUUGAGAAGAGCAAUAACAACGAGUGUGUGAUAACCACCAUCCCGCUGGUCAGCGAGUGCCAGCUGACGGCAGCCACGGGGGGAGCGGAGCUCUCCUGCUACCGCUGCACCGUCCCCUUCGGGGUGGUCAUCCUCAUAGCCGGCGUCGUGGUCACUGCCGUGGCCUACAGCUUCAACUCCCAUGGCUCCAUCAUCUCGGUGUUCGGGCUGGUCCUCUUGUCCUUGGGACUCCUCUUGCUGGCUUUGAGCGCCGUGUGCUGGAAAAUCAGGCAGCAAAAUAAGAAAGCCAAGAGGCGGGAGAGUCAGACAGCGCUUGUGGCGCAUCAGCGAACCUUGUUUGGGUAAAGACACCCAGGAGAAGGCUGAGCAGAAGACAGUCCUUGUAAAUCAACUUGGCUAUUUAUCAAUAGGUCACACUGCAGGAUUUAAUUUAAUGUUGGAAAUGAACUGGAUGAAAAUGGAAUGGAUUAAGAAAGAAUCGAAAAACUCCUUAAAUGCUCUUAAU